AUGGCAUCUGACAGCUUCCAGUACCGGGCGCUCUUUGAGUACAAGCGGGAACGUGGUGAUGACAUCAGCCUCCAGCCGGGUGACCUGCUCACCGUCCCAAAAGCUGCGCUGAUGGCGACGGCGGGACUGGAGUACCAGGAGGGGGACGAGCGCAGCCCCAAAGGCUGGCUGCACGGAACCAACGAGAGGACCAAGGAGAAGGGAGACUUUCCAGGGACCUUUGUGGAGUACGUAGGGGUGGUGAGAGUCGGCCCUCCUGUGGCUAAAUCCUGGCCAAGGCCUGUACCACCGACCCCUGGGGGGCAACAGACUUCCGCUGACGUUCAGCUUCAACAAGUCUCCCUUCCUAACUGUGUGGAGGCAGAGCUUCUGCCUGACGCCGCUCCUGUGGUUGUCUGGAGACUCAUCGAGGCCGUCGAGAAACACGGUUUAAACAUUGAGUCUCUGUAUCGGGCUCCUCCAACCUCCGGUGGACUGGUGGAGCUGCGGCAGUCUCUGGACUCAGAUCCGUUCUCAGUGGAUCUGGACCAGUAUGACGUGGUUUCUCUGACCGACACUCUCAGAGGUUUCCUUCAGGACCUGAACGCCCCCAUCAUCCCUGCCACAGUCUACAGUGAGCUGGUCUACACUGCCCAAGAGAGUCAGAGUGUAGAGGAGUGCGGGGAGAGGCUUAAGAGGAUCCUGGAGUCUCCCAGCAUCCCUCAGGCCAACUACCAGCUGCUGCUCCACCUCAGCAGACACCUGGCCCGGGUCAGCCAACACAACCAGACUGGCUCCAGGCUCCUGGGACAGGCCUUCGCCGAGGCCGUCUUCAAGCAUUCCACUCUCAGUGCGGACGUGAACCCGGAGCAUCACAUCAGGAUCUUGGAGGCUCUGAUUGCAACAGGAGGUCUCAUGGAGAUGCAGGCUGCACCAGCUCUUCCUCCAAAGCCAGCAAAGCCCCAGCAGACCUCCUCUGUGGGGGUGGGAGGGGGCAGCAACAACGGCGCCAAGGACGGUGGAGCAGGGGGCUCACUGCAAGAGGCUGAAUGGUACUGGGGAGACAUAUCCAGGGAGGAGGUGAAUGACAAGCUCAGAGACAUGCCCGAUGGGACCUUCCUGGUGCGGGACGCUUCCACCAAGAUGCAGGGCGACUACACGCUCACACUAAGGAAAGGGGGCAACAACAAGCUGAUAAAGAUCUACCACCGGGACGGGAAGUACGGUUUCUCCGACCCCCUGACGUUCGGCUCGGUGGUGGAGCUCAUCAGCCAUUACAGACACGAGUCUCUGGCUCAGUACAACACCAAGCUGGACGUCAAGCUCAUGUACCCCAUCUCCCGCUUCCAGCAGGACCAGCUGGUGAAGGAGGAUAACAUUGAUGCUGUCGGGAAGAAGCUCCAGGAAUACCACAAUCAGUACCAAGAGAAGAGCAAAGAGUACGACAGACUGUACGAAGAAUACACCAAGACGUCACAGGAGAUCCAGAUGAAGCGCACGGCCAUCGAAGCCUUCAACGAGACCAUCAAGAUCUUUGAGGAGCAGUGCCACACGCAGGAGCGCUACAGCAAGGACUACAUCGAGCGCUUCCACCGCGAGGGCAACGACAAGGAGAUCGAGCGGAUCAUGAUGAACUACGAGAAGCUCAAGUCUCGGCUCGGGGAGAUCCACGACAGCAAGGUGCGGCUGGAGCAGGACCUGAAGACACAAGCCAUGGACAACCGCGAGACGGACAAAAAGAUGAACAGCCUGAAGCCCGACCUCAUACAGCUCCGCAAGAUCAGGGACCAGUAUCUUGUCUGGCUCAAUCACAAAGGAGUUCGUCAGAAACGAAUUAACGACUGGCUGGGAAUCAAGAACGAGAACACUGAUGAAGGCUACUUUGUGAGCGAGGAGGACGAGAACUUGCCUCACUACGACGAGAAGAGCUGGUUUGUCGGGGACCUGAACCGGACGCAGGCGGAGGAGCUGCUCCUCGGGAAGCCGGACGGGGCGUUCCUCAUCCGAGAAAGCAGCAAGAAGGGCUGCUACGCCUGCUCUGUAGUUGUUGAAGGUGAGGUGAAGCACUGCGUCAUCUACAGCACACCGCGUGGCUUCGGCUUCGCCGAGCCCUACAACCUGUACAGCAGCCUGAAGGACCUGGUGCUCCACUACCACCAGACCUCCCUGGUGCAGCACAACGACUCGCUUAACGUCCGCCUCGCAUACCCCGUCUACGCACAGAUGCCCUCCGGACGCAGAUGAACCCCAACCACCUGGCCACGACCCCCACACGGACAACAAACCAACCCCCUCUUGGGGAAGGGAGAACGGGGAGAGUGA